AAAUUCCUUUAACAGCAAGGCGCCAGUCUGUAAAGCGAAACACAGUGGUAGCACCUGAAUUUCCAUCUCGCUUCCAGCGGAAAUCUUUGACCUAAAGAAUCAGCAAUUCUCCCACGCCCACCAGAUGCAGUCUUUUAAGUCGGCCCUCUCUCUCCCUGUAUCCAUUGACUUCAUUCUAUAAAUAUAAGGAACAUGAGCCUGAGCUUUAAUUCAGAUCAGACAGAAGAAGAAGAAGAAGAAGAAGAAGAAGAUCUACCCAUGUCAGCUCUCCAUCGUAGAAUAGUACUAGUGGGAGCAGGUGAGCAGGAAGCAUCUCCUUCUGCUAUAUCCUCCAGGUCAUCACCAGCUCUUAGGAAGUCUAACUUAGCAGCAGUGGAGGCCCAAGUUGUGAGCGACCGGCAAGAGAGAGGUAAAGAGGACAAGAAGUUGGCCCCAGAUGUGAAGAAGAAGGUUGAGUGCAGACCUGAAGAUAUUGAUGAACAUGCAGAGGCUUUUAUAAGGAAAUUCAGACAGGAGCUUCAGCUCCAACGCCUUGAGUCUCUGAAGAAUUAUGAGCAAAUGUUAGCUAGAGGACUCUAAUUAAUUAAAGAACCACCCUCCUCCCCAUCCUCUUCUGCCCUCCUCGUGAAUUUGAUUUUAUUCAUCUGCAUCGAUGUCAUGCAUGUUCAUUCAAUUAUUUUCAUUUUGAUGUGAUUUUUUUCCUUUUUGGGUAAAGUUCAUAUUGAUAUUUGAAUGUAUGAUCUCAUCUUGUUCAUGAGAUUGUAAGCAUGUUUUGAUCAAUUGAAAAGUCUUGUAAGGACACAGGAAAACCCCAAUCAAUUAAUACAUGGUUUGAUUAA